GUGUCAUCUAUAGAACCAUGUGUGGUAGGAGUAUGCUGAAGGUUACGAUAGGGCGAACGGAAGGACCGAGAACGUGAAAUUCGACGGCGAUCGUUUAUGCGCAUUCCAAGAUUUUGAUGUGCGGACCACACUGGAAGACUUGCAGAUAUUGGAUUUGUGCUAUUUCGGCUUCCGUUGGUGCGCAUUUGCUGGGGUGGAGUUGGUCUGGGCCGCUGGGUGGUGACAGUCCUCUGGGGUUUGGAGCCGAUGUGGGGUCGGCAAUCGGAGUCGGUGGUUGUUUUUUGUUGGUUUUGUUGGUUUUGCUAUUGCCAUUAUUGUUGCUAGCGGGGACCGGGCCGUCAUGACCGUGGCCGUGGCCGCAUCUGUUGCGGAGUUUAGCCAGACGUGCACAUCUAAUUGAAGUGAG